UAUUUGACAGAUGUGAAGCUCACAUGCUGAUGGUGUAAGUGUCAUAUUAAAGGAGAUCCUGAGUGGCGUUUCAGCCGUUAAGCUUUCAUUCACUUUACAGCCAAGCCACGACAGGCUGCGCGCUCGCCUGUCCCGAGAAUUUGCUUUUACUGCAAACAAGCUGGAUUCCCGGAGCUCUUCACCAUGUCUGGCAGGUUUUAGAUAUCCCAUGGAGCAAGCAAACCUCUACGAGGUCGCCCCACGGCCACUGAUGACCAGCCUUGUACAGAGUCAGCAAAACCCUUAUAUCUACAAAGACACCGCUGGAGACCUGAGCGAGAUCUGCGAGAACGAGAACUCCAUCGACAUCAGCGCCUACAUUGACCCCUCUGCCUUCAACGACGAGUUCCUGGCUGAUUUAUUCCACAACAGCUCCAAGCAGGAAAAGCUCAAACUGGCGAGCGGAGACUACGAUUACCCCCACGGUGCCAAUGGCACCACGGGGGCCCCGCAGAUGUAUGGCUGUCUGAACAGCUAUAUGGAUUCCUCCAAACUGGAACCCAUCUACGACAGCCAUGCUCGAAUGAGACCCGUGGCCAUCAAACAAGAGCCCCGGGAGGAAGAUGAGCUCAGCCACUCGAUGCCACCCACAUACCACCACUCUCAGCACCACGCGCCGCAUCUAUCCUACCUUCAGCACCAGAUCGCGCACUGCGCGCAAACCACAAUGCACCUCCAGCCGGGCCAUCCCACACCUCCGCCGACGCCCGUACCCAGCCCGCACCACCAACACAGCCACCUGCCGGGGGGCUCCAUGAAGAUGGGCGAUCGAGGGAAAUCCAAGAAACAUAUCGACAAGAGCAGCGUCGAGUAUCGCAUGAGGAGGGAGCGCAACAACGUAGCCGUGCGCAAGAGCCGGGACAAGGCGAAAAUGCGCAAUGUGGAGACGCAACAAAAAGUGAUCGAAUUGUCGACGGAUAACGAAAGACUGCGCAAGAGGGUGGAACACCUUACGCGAGAACUGGAGACGUUACGGGGCAUCUUCAGGCAGCUCCCAGACGGCUCGUUUGUCAAAGCCAUGGGUAACUGCGCCUAACGGAGCGGGCUGAACUUUUGAAGUAACUUUUGCGUGAUUUUUACGUCUGCUGGAUAAACGCUGACACAUUCUGAAAGUGUUUCUAUAGGAGCCAGGCAGCUGCGGUAUACAUGUGCCUUUUGUACAGAAAAGAGACAAAACAAACAGACAAAAACGAUAAGCUCAUCUUUUCAUAUAUUUGGACUAGCUUGUUGUAGGUGUAGUCUUGUUAGAUGUUAGCUACGCGAAAAAUAUCAGUGCAGCUAAUGGGCAUGAUUUCACCCUGUCAAUCUACAUUUUAUGUUAAGUUACCAGCUUUCCUACUUCCCCUUGCCCCAUUGGGUUACAUACAAACCUAAAGCGACAAAAACAAAAAAAACACAAACAAACAAACAAACAAAAA